AGCCGCGCGGGACGCCGUACGGGCGGCGCCAUCCCGCGCCGGAACAGGGGCGCGCGCGUCGCUUCCCCGGCCCGCGGGUCCCGGCGGCCGUUCCUGGCGCGCGAGCCGCCGCUGCGCUGCGGUGCAAAAAUGAUCAUUCCAGUCCGGUGUUUCACAUGUGGCAAAAUAGUUGGAAACAAGUGGGAAGCCUAUCUUGGCCUUCUGCAAGCAGAAUAUACAGAAGGAGAUGCCCUGGAUGCCCUUGGUUUGAAGAGAUACUGCUGUCGGCGAAUGCUGCUAGCCCAUGUGGAUCUGAUUGAGAAGCUUUUAAAUUAUGCACCGCUGGAGAAAUGACAUGAAAAAUGUACUAUGCUGCAAGCCAUGUGGAACGUAUCUCUAAUUCUAAACUUCAAACUGGACUUCAGGCAGUCAGUUGUGAAAGCCACCUGUAGCAGAAAGAAAAGAUCAAGUCCAUUUAACCAAGAGUUGGAGCUUAAAUUUAAAGUUUGGAUGCUUCUUUUUAAGUAUGUGUUUGGAGUUGUUUAGUGAACUUUUAGAUGCUUCUGAAAUAAACAUUUGUUCAUUUAGAGAAAUUAUAUUUAAUAAAAAAUGUUGAACAGAG